AUGGCCACCUCAUUGGUCAAGACUCAGGCCACGUUCCUUGGCUCUGUACGAUCCGCCGAAUUUGAUGGGUUGAGGAAGACCACGACGUCGCAAAAUGUCGCAGCCGUCGCCCCUAAGAAGGCUCAACGGUCUAGCGUCGUCAAGGCCGUCGCUUCGACAGAUGUGAAGACAGCCAUCGUCAGGAUUGGAACCCGUGGCAGUCCUCUGGCCCUUGCACAGGCCUACCAGACCCGUGACAAGCUCAAGGCUGCUUACCCGGAGCUGGCCGAGGAGGGUGCUGUGGAAAUCGUGAUCAUCAAGACCACCGGCGAUAAGAUCCUGAACCAGCCUCUCGCCGACAUUGGCGGAAAGGGUCUGUUCACCAAGGAGGUCGACGAUGCUCUUCUGGGCGGAGCGGUCGACAUUGCCGUACACUCCAUGAAGGAUGUGCCAACAUACCUUCCGGAGGGGACUAUCCUCCCUUGUAAUCUUCCGCGUGAGGAUGUGCGAGAUGCGUUCAUCUCUCUCACCGCCAAGUCCCUGGCUGAGCUUCCUGCUGGCAGCGUUAUUGGCAGUGCAUCCCUCCGCCGGCAGUCGCAAAUCCUCCAUCGCUACCCCAGCAUGAAGGUGGUGAAUUUCCGCGGUAACGUGCAAACCCGUCUGCGGAAGCUGAACGAAGGGGCUGUUCAAGCCACUCUGCUGGCCCUGGCUGGUCUGAAGAGGUUGAACAUGACCGAGCACGUGACUGCCAUCCUUUCCACAGAAGACAUGCUUCCAGCCAUCGCUCAGGGCGCCAUUGGCAUCGCCUGCCGCACUGGCGACACCAAAAUGGAGGAAUACCUGGCUACCCUGAACCACGAGGACACGCGCUUGGCUGUGUGUUGUGAGCGUGCCUUCCUUACUACGCUGGAUGGCUCAUGCCGCACGCCCAUUGCUGGUCUGGCGCAGCGCGAUGCCAAUGGCGGCUGCUCCUUCCGGGGUCUUGUCGCCUCGCCUGACGGCAAGAGAAUCCUUGAGACAUCGAGGUCGGGAUCUUACAGCUACAAUGAAAUGAUGGAGAUGGGUAUUGAUGCUGGCAAGGAGUUGCUCUCUUCUGCUGGACCAGAGUUCUUCAACUGGAGCUAG